AUUUACUUCUUCCUUCAUAGAGUAUCUGUAUCAAAACAUACCUAUGAACGAUUUAUAAUUUCACCGUAUACUUCUGGCACGAUAACGAUUGUCCAAAUAUAGUAAGAUAUUUCCGCCACAGAUCUCGGCGAAUCAACCAUGUCUGGCAGACCUAAAACUACUACCACGAUUCGAGCUGAUCACAAGUUUUGGCGAUGUUACCAGAAUAGAGUAGACAAGACCUGUUUUAUGGCUACAUCGAUUGACAGCAAGAGCUGCGUUUGGUGCAAGACGAGACGGGGUGAAGGGGACGACGCUAUGACUGAGGAACUAAUAACUAUUGGGGAACUUGUCGAAGUAGAUAAGAAUGGAUCAGAGCAUUGGCAUUAUUUUUCUGAUAAUAGUUAAUGGUAAUAAUGUUU